CUAACUUUGAUCUGAAAGACUUACGUUUCUGAAAAGAUAAAUCUGUUUACAUGUACAAAACCUAGUGUUCUUCUCCUUCAGAUUAUGUGUUUAAGCAAAGUAACAUUUUGCAGGUUUUUCAUAUACAACUAUCAAACAACAAUGAUAAAAAUAGGAAAGCUUCACAAUAUGAGAAGGUUGAAGCGAUCAAAACAAGUUCAUAGACAAAUAUCAAACAACGAUGAUGGAAAUAGGAGAGCUUCACAAUAUGUGAAGUUAAAAGCAAUCAAAACAAGCAAUCUUCUUUGAAGUGUAUAUUUGUGAUAAGAUGCCUCAAAAUUUUGUAGUUCAUGCAUUUAUUGAGCUAAUUAUUUUAGGCUAGAAAUUUUCUUUUAGCUCUAAACAUAUUGCAGAACAGCAAUGAUAGUGACACUAAGCACCAUUCUUAUGCCAACUUUCUCUUUUUCAAUGUGUAAAUUUAGUAAUUAAUUAAGAUCCUAAUUAAUCACAAUAAACUAUGUAAGUGUACAGUGUCCUCACAUCAUCGUCAAGGGAACAAAAGGGUACUACCGAAAGCAAUGUUGCUUCCAAGAGGCUUGUAAAUAGAUAUCACUUUCAAGUUUCGACAGGGUAAAGCCAAACAAGUUGUUCUACCUUCCCAUGUCUUUAAACCUCUAUCAAAUAUUAAUUGUUUAUUUCCUGUUUAUUAUCUUAAAUGAUGCCCCUAUAUGUACUAGGUUGCCCAUAUAUAUAAACCUUGACACUCUGCUCUUUUAUAAUACUACUCUAUUGAUUCUUCUUCAUUCCCUAGGUCUCUAUCAAAACCUAUAAGAAAGAGGAAAAAACCAUCUUCCAUGGAGAGAGAACCAAACUCAAAACUUCAUUUUCCUCCUGGUUUUAGGUUCCAUCCAUCUGACGAGGAGCUCAUCAUUCAUUACUUGCAAAACAAAGUGACUUCACAUCCACUCCCAGCAUCUGUAAUUGCUGAAAUAGAUCUGUAUAAAUAUAACCCAUGGGAGCUACCCGAGAAAGCUUUGUUUGGAGAAGAUGAAUGGUAUUUCUUCAGUCCCAGAGACAGAAAGUAUCCAAAUGGAGAAAGACCAAACAGAGCUGCAGCUUCGGGUUAUUGGAAGGCUACCGGUACUGACAAGCCUAUACUCACUUCUUCUGGAUCAAAGAACAUUGGAGUCAAGAAGGCACUGGUCUUUUACACAGGUAGACCCCCCAAGGGAGUUAAGACAGAGUGGAUUAUGAUUGAGUACAGAUUGUUGGACAGGAUGAUUAAAACCUCAAGAUUAAAAGGGUCCAUGAGAUUGGAUGAUUGGGUGCUAUGUCGGGUUCGGAGAAAAGGCAACAUAUCAAAUAAUACAUUAGAAGUUCAAGACAGCAACAGCACAGAAUUGAUGAGGUACUCACCCACGAUUGAGAAGAUGCAACCUACAUUUACACACUGUAGAACUGACAUGAUAAUAGAUUGCCUAAACCAAGACUGCCAAGUAUUAGCUUUGCUUCUUGCUGGACAAGCUUUAUCUCCUAUGGAGAUGAAUUCAACUGCCACAUUUCAGGGAAGAAACAGCUUCAUUUCAGUUAGUGAAGAAGGUUCUGACAAUGAGAAUUUGCCCUUUUUAGUUCCUCCUUUGGAUGGUAAUUUCACCCCACUGAAAAGAAAAUUUAGUUUGGCAAAUAAGCAAGAGAAUCUCGUUCCAUCUGACAAGAAGCGGAACAAUGACAAAAGAAAUGAGGAGUUUCCACCUAUCAAGAUAGUUCCGCAAAAUGAUUUGAACUACUGCAGCCAAAACCAAUAUCAAGAUGGGAUCUACAACCCUUACCCAACAGAUUCUAUUAUUGAAUUCCACAAGCUUAAUAAUUGGCCUUCACAUAUAUAUGAUUAAGGUAAUGAACACAAAAAGGCCCUGAUUCAUAAUCAGGAACCUAAAUUUCACAUUAUGAACAGAGAUAAGGGCACAUGGGAGUGGCUCACCAAAUUGAUUGCUGGCAAUGUGUAAAUCUAAUCAGCAGUCUAUGUAUUAUUUGUUGUUUUUGUGAUCUACAGGUGAAGCAUGUUAAGUAGUGGUAUAUUUGUGAGCUUUCUGAAUUGAAACUGCAGUGAAAUGGACUAAUAUUAUUGCUACAAAUAGAAAGUGCCUCCUAGAAAGUAUAACAGUCGUCAAAUUAAAAAUUCUGAAAUGUAAAAAAAAGAUCUAUAUUCUUUGGCAUGUGAAGCCAUUCAUAUCACUGCAGAACAAAAAGAUAAUGUCCUGUUACAAUAACAUAAACAAUCUAGCAGUCAAUAAAAGAACCCAGUUCAAAGCAGUUUCCUGAGGGCAGUACAAUAAAUGACUAACAAGCUGCAUGCUAAAUGGAUACAUGAAAAACCUCGAUUAAUGGAAGAAUUUUGUACCAUACACCACUAUAAUCAAAGAAGCUGUGGAAGAAGCCUCUAAAAACAGAGAAAGGUCUCAUUAGAAACAUUUCUGAGUCAAAAGCACAGCAAACUAAAAGAUUAUCAACAAGUAAUAUAUACAAUUCUCAUAUUAUCUAGUUCUAGAAUUAUUAAGAUGAUCUACAAUGAAGCAAGUAUAAAAUCCAGUCCAAUUGAUACGGUGCACAGUGCUAUCAGUUCUAUACACAAGAUGAGAAAAUAAUAUUUCUGACCACCUAAAUUAGGAAGUACUGGCAAAAGCAUAAAAGGAAAACUUUUACCUCAAAAACUAAUCCAAGCGUUUUAAAUUGACUAAUCUCAUAAGAACAAGUACUAUUGAAGAAAUCAAAAGGAGAUGUUGGGAGACUGAAAAUUGAAUUGAUAUAAUAUAAAGAGAGAUAUUGGAUUUAGUUCUCUCGAGCAAAAUGAUUGAAAAGGAGAUGAGGAUAAGAUAGGAGCUUACUUGUACAAAUAAAGUCGAGUGCUAGUGGCAAAAGCAUUUAACAUUUGCAUCUAGAAAGAUGAUCUUAAAAUCAGAAAUGCAAGAAGAUAAGAUAGGGAACUUACUUGUACAAAUAGGAAGCAAUCCCUAGAACGAGACACAGCAGAAUAAUGUCAAUGCAGAAAUUUUGGCUGGAUCUUAUCUGCAACAAAAGCAAAAUGCUAUUUAUUGGUAUACCAUUACCACUCUAGAAAAAGAAUGUCUAAUUAAUCCCAGAAAAUCAUACAGCUGGAAUUUGACAAUUGAAACUAACAUUUGUAUGAAUUACCUGGGUGACAGAUUUCUUGAGUCUAACAUCAGUCCUUUGAAUGCCAGAUGUUGCC